CGUGGGGAGCCGGGAGGGAGCGCUGCGCGCCGGGGGUCCGGUAGCUCCGCAAAAGCCGGGGGGAGCCGACCCCCACGGCUCACCCGGGUGCCCCCCUCUCCCCCUCCCCUCCUGCAGGCACCAGCCGCCGCGAUGCCGCUCAGCGCCGGCUUCUCCAGCAAGAACUACGACUACGAUUACGACUCUGUGCAGCCCUACUUCUACUUCGAGGAGGAGGAGGAGAACUUCUACCUGGCGGCGCAGCAGAGGGGCAGCGAGCUGCAGCCCCCCGCCCCGUCCGAGGACAUCUGGAAGAAGUUUGAGUUGCUGCCCACGCCGCCCCUCUCCCCCAGCCGCCGCUCCAGCCUGGCCGCCGCCUCCUGCUUCCCCUCCACCGCUGACCAGCUGGAGAUCGUGACCGAGCUCCUCGGAGGGGACAUGGUCAACCAGAGCUUCAUCUGCGACCCGGAUGACGAGACCGUCAAGUCCAUCAUCAUCCAGGACUGCAUGUGGAGCGGCUUCUCCGCCGCCGCCAAGCUGGAGAAGGUGGUCUCGGAGAAGCUGGCGUCCUACCAGGCAGCCCGCCGAGAGGGGGGCCCCGCCGCCCGCCCCGGACCGCCGCCCGCCGCGCCGCCGGCACCGCCACCRGGACUGGCCGCGUCCCCCGCCGCCUCCGCCAGCCUCUACCUGCACGACCUGGGCGCCGCCGCCGCCGACUGCAUCGACCCCUCGGUGGUGUUUCCGUACCCGCUGAGCGAGCGGGCCCCGCGGGCCGCUCCGCCCGGCGCCAGCCCCGCGUCCCUGCUGGGCGACGACACGCCGCCCACGACCAGCAGCGACUCGGAAGAAGAACAAGAGGAAGAUGAGGAAAUCGAUGUUGUUACAUUAGCUGAAGCGAAUGAAUAUGAAUCCAGCACAGAGUCCAGCACAGACACGUCAGAAGAGCACAGUAAGCCCCACCACAGCCCGCUGGUUCUCAAACGGUGUCAUGUCAACAUCCAUCAGCACAAUUAUGCCGCUCCUCCCUCCACCAAGGUUGAAUAUCCAGCUGCAAAAAGGCUACGGUUGGACAGUGGCAGAGUUCUCAAACAGAUCAGCAACAACCGAAAAUGCUCCAGUCCACGCACUUCAGAUUCAGAAGAGAAUGACAAGAGGCGAACGCACAAUGUCUUGGAGCGCCAGAGGAGAAAUGAGCUGAAGUUGAGUUUCUUCGCCUUGCGUGACGAGAUACCCGAGGUGGCCAACAAUGAAAAAGCUCCCAAAGUUGUCAUCCUGAAAAAAGCAACAGAGUACGUCCUUUCCAUCCAGUCAGAUGAACACAGACUGAUUGCAGAGAAAGAGCAGUUGAGGCGGAGGAGAGAACAGUUGAAACACAAACUCGAGCAGCUAAGGAACUGUUGUGCAUAGGAACUCUUGAGCAUCACUUAGAAUAAUGCAAAYUAGACUGAAACUAUGAUAAAAUAUUAAUGAUUCUAAUAUCUCUCAUGAACUACGCAGUCCAUCAAGUAUGGAACUACUGCAACUGCAUGCUGUGCGAUUUAACUUGAGACUACACAACCUUGGCUGAAUCUCYCAAGGGUUUGGCCAGAACCUCAAAACUGCCUCAUAAUUGAUACUUUGGACAUAAGGGAUGAUGGGACAUUCUUCAUGCUUGGGGAUGAACUGUUCAAUUUUUUUUCUUUUAAAAUUUUGUAUUUAAGGCAUUUUUUCAUACGAGAAUCCAAAAGAAAAAACUUGUCCCCAGUUUGCUGUAUAUAUUUACACAUCAUAUUGCCAUGUAAAUACCUUUAAUAAAGCCUUUAUAGAAAAAAUGUGCAACAUUAAUACGCAACAGUUGUGGCAACUGGAUUUAUACUUGUCUUGAACUUCUGUGCCAUAACAUUUCACAAUUUUGUUUUUUAUUUAAAUACUUUUUUUCCUUUUAAAAAUGGUUUUUAUUUUGUUUUUAGAUAAAUAAAUAUUUGCCCAAAAUAUAAUUAGCUAAAUCCUGUGUAAAGACUUC